AUGUUUUGUACCUGGGAUAGCUGGGACACCGGGACUUCUAGAAAAUCCCAUUCCCCCCACAGAAACUGUUUGGCCGUAAGAUUCUUGCAACUUCCUUUCAGCUCUUUCUUGCCAUGCGUCAUAACCUACAUGAAAUCUUGGCAGACAUCUAUCGGCGAUAGUGAAUUCCCACUGACCAGCUUCCAGAUCCUUGUUACUGAUGCCGAGGUGGUUGUUCAGCGCAUCUUUGACUGCAUUAAUGGUUACCUCCCUGGAUGGCACUACAGGAACACCGUGUUCAUUGAGCAUACAACCUCCUAUCAUCGCAGUCACUUUUGUAUAUUUGUUGAGGGCGUUUGGGUUUGUGGAGAGUUUGUCAAAAAGUGGUUUGAAAUUCCUUUCGAUAACAGAAUCGAAAAUUACACCAAGCAAUUUCCCUGGAUUCUUAUUGGAUUUGGGAACCAAGUAUCCAAAGCCUUGUAG